AUGGAGUUCGACGAUUCCGAGUCAGAGAGCUUUCUUCCCCAGCCAAUCUCCUCCGUCAUUGGGAAACGGAGGAUUAUCUCCAACAAAUUCGCCUUGUUAGGAUGGAUCCUGGCCAUAAUAUCAAUUGCUAGCAACUUCCAUUCGUGGAUAACCCCGAAGAAACUCACGGAUAUCGAGUGCACGCGGCAGCUCAACGCAUGGUCUCCGGUGUUUGAUAUUGUAGAGUACGAAGACGUCCAAUUUUCGAACACCUUCUACCAGCCAAGUGCAUAUAGAGGUAAACCUACACCCAAGCUUGAGAAAUCAUGGAGCGACCUCUGGAAGAUCGGAUCGGUUGACGUUCCACUGGAACAACUUCCCGCAUUGAACAAGUCGAAAGAGCAUAAUUGGUUCUACUCAGAAAAUGGAGGUGUAUUAGCUGGUCUUGAAGUCUUUCACAGCCUUCACUGCUUGGAUAUGGUUCGACAAUAUACGUACAAGGACGAGUAUGAUUACAGCGACAACCCGACGUUCCAAGAUGAUGACGAGUUCUUAAGAAUUCACGUCGAUCACUGCAUAGACGCUCUAAGAAUUCGGUUGAUGUGUUACGCAGAUGUGACACCCUUUUUACACGUGCUGGAGCCCGAAGCGGAGUUGGGAGCAACACCCGAUUUUAACACGCAGCACAAAUGCAAGAAGUUUGACAAGAUCCAGGAGUGGCAACGAGCUCACCAUGCCAGAGCGGCUGCUGGGCAAACCGAGGCUCAUGGACACGAGGUUCAUGGACAUGAACAUUCAUAG